GACUGAAGUAACAUGUCUGCGCCCUGUACACAUGCGUAAACAAACACGGAGAGAGAAGUAACCUUGCUCAUGGAAUAAUCUAACGAAAGGCUUUAAAACGGACCUGUUAUUCAGAGAAAAUGACAUUACUGCUUUGCAAGACGUUUUUACGGAGAUCUCUGCGAUUUUCGACAAUCCGCAAACUGUCAGCAGCCCCAGAACAUGCGCCACUGUAUCUGCGUUCAGGUUGCUCCGUUUUUCUGCCUCCGGCAUUAAGGAAUGGUCUCACUCACUGGACUCCGGCCCGUUUGGUGUCUUCAGAAGCCUUUUUGGACAUAUUGCAGAAGGGGAGAGCUGUUGUGUCCGACGAGAGUCAUCACCAUGUCUCUGUCCCAUCAGACAGUGGUCAUCAAUUUUCCUUAUUGCUGAAGGAUCCUGAUCAACCCGAAAAGCCAAAAUCCCUUAAAGUGGCAAUAGUGGGUGCCCCGAAUGCAGGGAAAUCCACACUGACCAAUCAGCUGCUGGGCAGAAAGCUUUUUGCCGUGUCAGAGAAAGUACACACAACGAGAUCACGUGCUGUUGGGGUUCUGACAGAGAAUAGCACACAAAUUGUUCUGUUGGACACCCCUGGUCUCACUACCCCAAUAAAGGCUAAAAGACACCAGCUAGAGGAAUCACUUUUGGUGGAUCCCUUUGAGUCACUGCAAGAGGCUGAUCUAGUGGUGGUAUUAGUUGACGUCUCUGAUAAAUGGACCCGAAAUAAGCUGGACUAUGAGGUAUUGAAGUGUCUGGCCCUAAAUCCAGAUGUCCCUGCUGUCCUUGUCCUUAAUAAGGUGGACCUACUGAAGAAAAAAAUGCUGCUGCUCGACAUCACUGCACAGCUGACAGAGGGGGUAGUUAAUGGAGAGAAGAUCAGGAUUCGGAGUGCGGUGAAACCGUGCAAGAGUUUAGCAGCCAAACCCCACAGCAGCUACAGCAAAGAACUGAAUUCUGAGAGUGCAGAAGAAAAGUCUCUGGAGAGUAAAAACAGGCUGAGCAGAGAGCAGCUGAAGGCUUUGAGGAGCUGCAGCGGGUGGCCACAUUUUAAGGACGUGUUCAUGCUAAGUGCUGUCGACAUUGAAUAUGUGGAAACAUUAAAGAAAUACCUGAUUGAGUGUGCAAAGCCUCGCCUGUGGCAGUACCACAGUGAAGUGCUUACAGAUCAGACUCCUGAGGAUGUGUGCAUCAACACUAUAAGAGAGAAACUUCUUGAGCAUCUCCCUCAGGAGGUGCCAUACACGAUGACCCAGCAAAUUGAAAUCUGGAAGGUGUGUGAGGAUGGGGCACUCGAAAUAUCAAUCAAACUAUAUGUAAAGAAAGACAGUCAUAUGAAAAUGGUUAUUGGUCCUGGAGGUCAGUUAAUAUCCAGAAUAAACCGGGAAGCUGGAAUUGACCUAAUGAACAUUUUCUUGCGAGAUGUGCGUCUAAAAAUAUCUGCGAAGUUGAAGAAGUGAAGUUCAUAUAUUGUGGGUCAGAGUGAGAUCCAUGCAGAGAUGUACAGUAUGUGGAAACAUGCAAAGACUUUCUUAAGAGUGAAGCAAUGGACUUAUGCUCAGAAUAUGAUGAAUUUACCACAUUAUAUUUAUAGAGUCAAUUCAAGUUUAUCAAAGCCUUUGGCAAAUUAAAUUGCUUUUCUGUAUGAGUUCAGCUACAGGACUAAUGGUUCAAUCUUAUUCAUAAGAUUGUAUUUUACAUAUCAUAAUGCUUUUGCCAAGUUUUUUUUUGCAUCAUUAUAAAUGCUUUAAUAAAUCAGUAUUUCUUCAGUAAUGAAUAGUUAUUAUAGGACUUCUUGUAGGUGACCAUAGAUUCACUUUCUCUCUUAUUGGAAGGAAAGGACAGACUGACUUUGGUUUUAUUGUCUCAAGUGGGGUUGGGCUGUUAUCUGUGGUGGAGCCUAUCUGUAAAAGAGAAUGUCUUCAUGACAUACCAAUAUACAGUGGGUACGGAAAGUAUUCAGACCCCCUUAAAUUUUUCACUCU